CAGCUGUUUCCAAAGGGCCAGUUUCCGCUGGACCUGGAUCAAAAGCCCAUACCCGCGAAUAUCCAUCUCACACCAAAAUUUACUACCAAGGAACUCGACAGAGCUUCUUUCUCCUAGCAAGCAGAGCUCGACGCUUCGGCAGCAACCACACCGUUGAAUUGAAGAAGGAAAAGGAAAAAAAUGCAAGCAGGAUCUUCAGGCGUCGGCUAUGGUCUGAAGUACCAGGCAAGGUGCAUAUCGGACGUUAAAGCGGAUACCGAUCACACAAGCUUCCUCGCCGGCACUCUCAGCCUCAGAGAAGAAAAUGAGGUUCACUUGAUUAGGUUAUCUGCCGAUGGAACUGAGCUCAUUUGCGAGGGGUUAUUCUCUCAUCCUAAUGAGAUCUGGGACCUCCGCUCUUGUCCGUUUGAUCAGCGCAUCUUCACAACGGUCUAUUCAACUGGGGAAUCGUAUGGAGCGGCGGUUUGGCAGAUCCCGGAGCUGUAUGGCCAGCUGAAUUCGCCUCAAUUGGAAAGAGUUGCAUUGCUCGAUGCUCAUGUUAGCAAGAUUAAGUGUGUUUUGUGGUGGCCAUCUGGAAGAAAUGACAAGUUGGUUAGCAUUGAUGAGGAAAACCUGUUCCUAUGGAGCUUAGACUCCUCGAAAAAGGCCGCCCAGGUGCAAUCUAAGGAGUCUGCUGGUACGAUGCACUAUUUAUCUGGUGGCGCCUGGGAUCCCCAUGAUGUGAACUCUAUUGCAGCAACUUGUGAAUCUUCAGUCCAGUUUUGGGAUCUACGAACAAUGACGAAGACGAGUUCCAUUGAUGUCUCCCAUGUCCGCACUAUUGAUUAUGAUACCAAGAAGGAUCACAUACUUGUUACUGCAGAGGAUGAAACUGGGAUUCACAUUUGGGAUCUUAGGAAAACAAAGGUUCCCAUCAGAGAGCUACCCGGACACACUCAUUGGACUUGGGCUGUGGCAUGCAACCCUGAGUAUGAUGGGCUGAUUCUGAGUGGUGGCACCGACUCUGCUGUUAACUUGUGGUUGGCUCCAACAGGAUCUCGUGAUGAGAUAACUUCCGAUAGUGGGCAGAACUCAUUAAGUUUGAAGGUGGAUCCAUUGGUGAACUCUUAUACCGAUUAUGAAGACAGUGUUUAUGGGCUCGCUUGGAGUUCUCGUGAACCUUGGAUUUUCGCAUCUCUAUCAUAUGAUGGGAGGGUGGUUGUGGAAUCAGUAAAGCCAUAUCUCUCGAGAAAGUAAGUUCCUGCACGGUCCAAAUCAUCGUUCUUUCACCAUCAAUUGAUGCCAAUUUGUGAAGCAACCAGAUUGAAGGCACUACGGGCCUGUUGCCGAGUUUGGUUCAGCUUGCACAACUGUAGUAAAGUCUGGCUCAUCUUGGAACCGAAUUUAUGAUCUCAAGAUCCAGGAGACGUGCAUUUGGUUGUGCUUUUCUGCUUCGAACGUCUCUCAAUGUGAUAUUUGGUGUUCCCAUCGUCAUGUUACUUCUCUAAUCAGCAAUUUUAGCGCAGUUAAACUGUUUGUGCUUUUGUUAGUUUCUGCUAUGUUUCUCCUCUCUCUCCCAUAAGGCCAUAACUUACUAAAUCAAAAUCGGACGUCUUAAAAAGUUUUGCUGGUUUCUCAUUGUUCACACAAGGAAUUUGAAAUUUUUUUUGAAUCAAAUCGGAUUGGG